CUGGAAUCCACAUCUCAUUAUAGUUUUAGCCGCAAGCCGGUGUUGACAUACCUAACUUAUUUUUAUAUAUCCUAAGAAACUAGAUUAAUUAUUCUAAAAUGGAUUUCCUCGGCAAGAAGUACAAAAUGACAUCGUCGGAGAACUUCGACGAGUUCAUGAAGGCUAUUGGCGUGGGCCUCAUCACGCGCAAGGCCGCCAACGCUGUCACCCCCACAGUGGAGCUGAAGAAGGAGGGGGACACUUACAACCUAGUGACGUCAUCCACCUUCAAGACCACCGAAGCCAAGUUCGUGCCUGGCCAGGAGAUCGAUGAGGAAAGAGCUGACGGUGCUAAGGUGAAGUCAGUGUACACGCUGGACGGCAACGUUCUGAAGCAGGUGCAGAAGUCUCCCGACGGCGUGGAGGUCACCUACGUGAGGGAGUUUGGACCUGAGGAGCUGAAGGCUACCAUGACCGCGAAGGACGUCACGUGUACCAGGGUCUACAAGGUGCAGGCAUAGACAAAUAUUUUUAUCUAUGGUUGCAGCUCACAAGACUGUACAUCAAAUUCCUCUCCUACGUAUAGCACAACUAUUAUGAUUUAAUUUUAUUUUUAGUCAUAGUAUAUAGGUAUACUAUAUCGCUUUGGUUCCGUAUUCAGAGAAUACCGAAAUUUAUUUUUGUACGCUACUGUUUGCCAAAGUUGAUUUGUCGAAAGUCUACUCGUUUAGACUGUUGUAUAAGUUUUUCAGUGCAUAUUUAAUUAAAUCGUUUUUGUAAUUAUCAA